AUGAUUAUUUCAAGUUUUCUAGUAUUCAUAGUAUUUCUAGUGGCAAAUGUCAGGUAUUUUUUUUAUUUUGAAAAAAUUUGGCGUCAUAAUUUUUGCUGGAAGCUUCUGAGAUCGAUUUUCAGAAAAAAAAUGUUCCAGAUCACAUUGCCCACACAUGAUGGGCGUAAAAGUUGGUCCCCCAGCGGGACCAAGUCCUCCCGGAAAUUUACCAGAAGGCGAUCAAGGUUGGGAUUGGGAUGAGGCUGGAGCGGCGCCUGGUAUUUUGCCAGAACCACAUUUUAUUCAGUCGACUUAUGUUUAUCGAUCACAUAAUGGUGAGAUUUCGGGAAAUGGGGGAAGGGGGGCUGAAAAUACCACGUGGAUUUUAUCAGACAGACCUAAAAUGAGCCUAAAACAUAUGCCCAGAUUCUUGAGAAGCCUCAAUUUUUGAUUAGCCUAAAAAUUUCUGAAUUUUUCAUUUUCUCAAGGUUGUCCCAAAUUUUUUUUUAAAAAUUGAAUUAAAAUUUUCUGAAACUUGAGCAAUAAUUUAUGCCACUAUUUUUAACCUCUGAAAAAUCCCAAUUUUUCUUCAGAACUCGAAAAAACGUUCUCCAACCGUGUGAUCCAAGUUCUGCGUCAAAUUCGAGAAAGAUUGGGAAAAUCCGCACGACUCACUUUGGAAAAUGAAAAUGUGAGUUUCAAUUAUUUUUUCGUGACAAAAUUUCAUCGAUUUGUAGAUCGAAUGUAAUUCUCAAUCCGAUCAUUUUCGAUGUCAAGAAUUUCCAAAUUCCGGAUCAUGGAACUAUUUUCUGGUGGAAGAUGCAAAAAAUGGAGCAGUGGUUUAUAAUUUUGAGCGAAAAAAUAAUGAGAAAAAUGAUGGAACUAUUGAAAUGGCGAUUUUAGAGUUAGUAUUAAAUACAGUAAUCUGUGAAAAGAGUACUGUAACAUUUUCUAGUUAUUUUUUAGCGCAUUAUCUCGACAUUCUCCGAAUUCUUUGAUUGCAUUUGCAUCGCCAGAAGCUGAAAAAGAAGUUGGAUAUAUUCGAGCAUUGUCAAGCAAGGAAUUGGAGGUAAUUUUUGAAAACUUAUACAUUUUUUUCAAAAAAAAAUUUUCAGUCGCUGUCCUCGCCACCAAAAAUCCCACUAUCUCUUGAAAAAUUCGGGCCAAAUGAGCUGAAUUUGAUCGAACCAGCAUUGCUCGAAGUUCGAACUGGCGCCAAUUUGAAAACUGAUUCGGAAGUUUUGAGAAAACUGAAAAAUUCGGCAGAAUUCGAUGAGGUUUUAGAGAAAUUCGAGCAUGUUUUUGUGCUUUUUUGGAAUAAAAGUGAGUUCUUUAGGGUGACCGCAGCGCAUGACCGCAACGCAUUCAACGAAAUUAAAAUUUAA